AUGUGCAAUGAAUUUUCAGAUCUAUUCAAACCAGAGUUAGGUUGCUUGAAAGAUGUGGAACUGGAAGUAAAAUUCAAAGAGAAUUCAACGCCAGUUUUUCGUAAGGCGCGUCCAGUGCCUUUCGCUAUACAACAUGACUUGGCUCAAGCCUAUAAGGCAGGGAUAACGAGAGGUAUCUGGACACCUGUGAAGUUUAAUGCAUAUGGUACACCCGUGGUCCCAGUAAGCAAGGAUAAUAAAUUAAGAGUUUGUGGGGACUACUCGGCAACAGUGAAUCCACAGUUAGAGGAUCAUCGCCAUCCACUACCUUUGCCAGAAGACCUAAUGCGUAAAUUGUCUGGAGGCCAUGGAUUCACUAAAAUUGAUUUAGCAGAUGCUUACAACCAGAUUCGGUUGGGUCCUGAAAGUCAAAAACGUCUGGCACUUAAUACUCACCAAGGAGUUCUCCUCCAGACGCGCCUACCUUUUGGUAUCAAAAGUGCACCAGGUUAUUUCCAGAGCAUCAUGGAACAACUGAUAGGUAACCUUCCAGGUGUUGCUGUAUAUCUUGAUGAUAUCCUAGUUAGUGGACAUAAUGCUGAGGAACAUUUACAUAACCUAAGACAACUUCUACAAUGCUUGCAGGAGAAUGGUCUAAGAUGCAGGAGGGAGAAAUGUGAGUUUGCACAAGCAGAAAUUGAGUACCUAGGACACAAACUAUCAAGUCAAGGUGUUGCGAAAGGUCAUAAAGUGGAUGUGUAUAAGAGACAGCAUUUAACGUGA